AUGGACGGCUUCGAAGCCCUCGCAAAAGCGCUCGCCCCAAAAUUCUCACCCUAUAACGAACUGCUGACGCGCGACCUACCCUUCCAGAUCCCGCCCCUCAAGACGCUCACCCUCAACUCCCGACCCCUGACGAGUCACGCCCUCGCCUUCUCCUGCGACGCCGAGCUCGCCGUCGCCGCCGACGACUCGGUCCACGUCUUUCUUCCCGAGUUCCCGUCGCCGGAGGAACCGACGUCUAGCACCGGCAAGCCGCACCACCAACACCCCACUCCGGUAGACGAUGGCACCCAAGAAGCGGCGGACGGGGACCCUGCCGGCGUGGCGGCCGCUGCGGCCGUCGCCGAUGCCCAGGACAAUGGCAAAACCACCCGCCAGCAGUACUACACCUACAUCCUUCGCAUCCCGACCUCGCGGAAGCCCGACCCGCGCAUGAACGCCUCGCUCUUCGCCGCGCAGGGCCUCGCCAUGCCCUCAUAUGAGGACGACCUCGCCGCGUCGGCGGGCAUUGGCGUCGCAGAGGACCCAUCUUCGGCUUUCGAAGGCGUCGGCUCCGGCACCGUCACGGGGUACGGCGCCUCGCUGAACCAGGUCGCCGCCGUCGAGUGGUCGCCCGCGGGGCUGGGCCGCAACCUGCGCGCCGCGCUGGCCGUGAUGAUGACAAGCGGCGCUCUCCUCGUCUUCGGCGAGGGCGACGGCGGCGCCGCCGUCGACCUCGGCGUGCGCAUGAGGAACUUUAGGGACUGGAGGAUCCUUUGGGGCGUCGGCGCCAACAUGCCCCUCCCGGACGCUGGGAGCGAGGACGGCGCGUACCUCCCCAGGGACAAGGUGCGGUCGUUCUCGUGGGCGAGGUACCUGGGCCCCGGACAGGCUCUGAUGGCGUACGCGACGGACCAGGAGGAGGUCGUCGUUUUGAGCGUGCAGUACUACCUCCCAGAUGACUCGGAAGGCGGCGAGCCGAAUGCGGGAUCGUAUGCUUGGGAGGUUGAUGAGCUUGCGAGGUUCGAUGCGAGAGGACCGCACCCGAGUAUAAACAUCAUGGACCCCGACUACAUCCCCUAUACCUCGGCCUUCUCCCUGAAAUGGAGCCCUUGGCUACUCUCGGACGGCUCCAGGACCGCCGUUCUUGCGUACUGCGCAAGGAGCUACGUCGGCUUCCGUAGAAUCACGAUCCCCAGCCACUGGCUGCGGGGCGCGAGCGUCGCCGUCGCCAUCGAGGAGGCGGACAUCACUGGGAUCUGCACGAACCUCCUGUCCGAUGCCUUCGUGGAGUGGGAGGAGGCCAUCUGGGACCGCGGCGGUGCCAAGGUCUGCAGGGGCGUCAUCGCGUCUCCUUUCAAGGGCCUGCCCUUUCAGGUCGCGCUCAAUGGGCCGGAGGGAACGGCCAAGGAGCCUCACGCCACGAGCGUCUGCAGCACUACCUUUCCCGAGGACACCACAUCGCCCGACGCGACGAACCCCAUCACAAGUCUCAUAAUCCAUCCCCCCGACCUGUCAAAGCAGAGCAAAGCGCCCAGCUACUCUCUCAUCCGCCUCUCAGCGACGGCGACAAACGACAACUGGUUCCAGCAGAGCACCGGCGACCCUUCCUCCGCCGCCGAUGCCGUCGAGUCCCUCCCCAAAUGGGCCGACACCAUCUCUUCGACAGUCAAGCUUUCCGUCCCCGUCGCCAUGCUCGGUCGCGGCAUCGGGGUCGGCGCGGCGGGGGGUGACGCCGAGUCUGUCGCUUCGGGCGAGGAUUCCGACUCGGACGACGACGACUUCGAUCUCCCCGAGGACGCCGGCGAGCAGAUCCACCCGUACCGCGUGCGCAUGUGGGGCAUGGCCAUGUCGCCCGCCGGCGGCAUGAGCGCCGUCCUGGUCUCGCAGCACGCCACGCAGAAGCCCGAGAAGUCCGUCAAGACCAAGGUCAUGUUCGACGCGCGGUCCGGCCCGGCCGCUGCGGCAUUGCCUGACCCUCGUCUGUCGGACGAUGCGAUGGAUGUGGACGGGGGCGAAGGGAGCGCCGCCGGCCCCGGGAGGAGCGAGGGCGCGUCCUGGGCGAGGCAGAGCACCGAGGCCAAGAUGUGGGACUGGAUGUAUGCUAGCGGCCCUGCCGUUCCUGGAACGCUCGGGUCUGACGAAAGCGCGAGGGCCGGCAACGUCUCGUUAAGGAAGAGGCUCGAGGGGGUCAAGAACAAGCAGCGGUGUGUGUUCUGCCAGACACCGUUGGAGGAUAAGGGCAAGGAGUCGGUGUGCGGCAGGGGGCACAUAUUUGCUACCUGCGCAACAACCGGUCUCGCCAUCCUUGCGCCUGGAAUCUCGAGGGCCUGCGCUGUCUGUGGUCUUCGCUGCCUCGUAAGGAAGGAGGUUGUCAAGAUCGCGCAGGAGCAUCUCGGACCCGAUGCCGAGGUCGACACUUCGGAGGAGAUAUGUGGUGGAUGCGGUGGCAAGUUUGUGGUAUGA